AUGAGGAUUAUGAGAAAGGGAGGUGUGUGGAAGAUCAAGGAAGAUGAGAUUCUCAAGGCCGCGGUGAUGAAGUAUGGUAAGAACCAGUGGGUUCGGAUCUCGUCUCUUCUCGAUCGUAAGUCGCCCAAACAGUGUCAAUCUCGCUGGUACGAUUGGAUCGAUCCUGCAGUCAAAAAUGCUACAUGGAGCAACGAAGAAGAUGAGAAGCUUCUACACUUUGCAAAACUUAUACCUACCCAGUGGAGAAGUAUUGCGUCUACUAUGGGCCGUACAAGAUUUCAGUGCCUUGAGAGGUAUCUGAAAGUCCUUGAUGUAAGGCACCGGACAAGAAAGACAAAGGGAAUUGACUGUAAAGCAAGGGCUGAAGUAGAAGCACUGUUACGCAAACCAGAUGCUGCAGCAGCUGCAUUGCAAGCGACCAAUCUGAAUGAUCCAGAAGCUGUUAGGAAGAGGUCAAAUAUGAGUUUACCACCACCUCAGAAGAUGACUGCAGACAACGAGCUGGAUAUGGAAAACAUGGGCUACGCCAGUGAUUUUCUUCUUGCAGAGAAUGAGGAGCAAACAGAACUUAGUGCUGCUACUAAAAUGUCUGAUACCCCUUCAAUGACUCCUGCUGAUGGUGGUCUUACUCCAAGGGAUGGGUCUGCUUUCGCUUUGGCAACAAAAGACAUGGGCUUGCAUGAAAAAGCUAGAAUCUCUGGUUUGACUGCAGAGGAAAGUGCAGAGGAAAGUGAGGAGUCAGGAGAAGACAAUCUUAAGUUGACUCAAACGUUGGCUAUGGCAACCAAAGAGACGAAAACCCUCAAAUCCAAAGUGGACAGAAAGUUUAUUCAGAGCCUAAGGCUUGGGAAAGGAGUUUCCCUGGACCUAACAACCGAUGAUGACAAUGUUCUCGUCACAAUUACUCCCCAAUCGAGCGUGUUGACGAAGAAGAAUGAAGGAGACUGA